AAAAGGCCAUAGCAGACAGUUGAGUUCUGUCUGUUGAACAGUUUAAUUAUAAAACUGCGAAGUAAUAAAAUUUUCUGGAUAUUUCGAUUCAUGCAAGGAAAUUGGGGAAUGUACAUGGAUCAACCUAUACUGCCACAUAUCUUAACUAACAUGGCUUAUUUGACCCUUUGUUUGGCAUCGCUGGUAAUAUUUAUCGGUCUGUUUUACAUAUACGCCAAAUACAAGCUAUCUUACUGGAGCAGACGUGGUGUCAAAACUCCUCCAAUGAAUUUAUUUUUCGGCAAUUUUAAAGACUGUAUUACUUUAAAGAAGGCACCGGGUGAGGUGCUACGCGAGAUUUACAAUAGUGCUGAUCCGGAUGACCCUUACAUCGGCUUUUAUAUCUUCCACAAGCCUAUGCUGCUUCUGCGAAACCACGAUCUGAUCAAACAGAUGCUGAUUACAGACUUUGAUGUCUUCCCGAAUCGACGUUUCGGUGCAUGUAAUCAGAGAGAUCCGAUAGGCCUGGACAGUAUUUUAUCUAUGAAACAGCCUAGAUGGAGAUAUCUGAGAAGCAAAUUGAGUUCACCCUUGACGGGACAGAAGUUGAAGAAUAUGUUACCACUGAUGGAGGAAUGUGGGAAGCCUAUGUUGAAAUUCAUCGAGAAAUUACAAGAGGACACGUUUGGCCACCAUAAAUGCGAAAUAAAAGAUUUCAGCAGUUGUUACACCAAUGAUGUCUUAGCUUCUAUCGCGUUCGGCAUCAAUACAAAUUCAUUUGAUGAAGAGGAGAAUGCUUUCUGGAAAAACGGUUCAAAGGUCUUCAGGGGCUUUAUGAGUGGCAUAACGUUUAUUAUUCUCUUCUUCAUUCCUGCAUGGGGUCCCUUAGUCAAGCCUUUUAUUCAAGGACCCGCAAAUUAUUUUCGCGAAGUAUUUUGGGAUUCUAUGAACACUAGAGAAAAAAUAGGAUUUAAAAGAGGAGACGUUAUAGAUUCUUUAUUAUCGCUUAAGAAUGGAGAACAAAAUCCUAUUUACAAAUUUGAAGGCGAUAAUUUGGUGGCGCAGUCGAGCAGUUUGUAUAUUGCUGGAAUUGACACAUCUUCGACUACAAUCGCUUUCGCUCUACACAAUUUGUCGCGUAAUCCGGAGCAUCAAACUACUUUAUAUAAUGAGAUACAAACACAUGUGUUAGGGAAAAAAUUGACCAUAGAUUUAAUUAAUGAAAUGUCUUUCUUAGAUUGUGUCGUAAAUGAAUCACUGAGGCUACAUCCUCCUCUACCUGUUAUCGAUAGAAUAGCUACAAGAGAUUACAAGCUUCCAGGUUUUGAGUUAAUAAUCGAGAAGGAUGUUUCAGUAUACGUCUCUGUAAAUGCGAUAAAUCAAGAUUCUAAGUAUUUUCUUAAUCCGCAUGAUUUUAUACCAUCAAGAAUAAAGACAGAACAGAAGAAAUUUUGUGACUCUUUGGCAUUUGGUAUCGGACCACGAACGUGUGUAGGACAGAGAUUUGGUAUAUUACUUGUAAAAGUAGCGUUAAUUAUGAUUCUUUCGAAUUACAUCGUUUGCUACGACAAGAAUGAAAAACCUAUUUUAAAAGAUAAAAACGAAAUUCACGUAUUCGCAUAUGCAGCUGACGGCCUAUAUUUGCAAUUCAAGAAACGUCAACAAUAAUGUGUGCAAUUCUUUCUUUCUGUUUUUCUCUCUCUUCAGCAAAUAUAUAGAUAUAUUUUUAUAUGAGUCUAUUUCUAGUGGACACAACAAGAUUUAUAAUUUGUAGAAAUAUAUAUAUUGUAGAAAUAUAGUAUUUGUAGAAAACUA